AUGAGGAUGGCACUCGAACUAGCUGAAGCUCUCCCGAGCAUCGUGAAGCGCAAAUUCGACGCUGCAAAAGCGUCGUCAGAACUGCUAUUCUCCCCAACAGACGUGGCAAUCAUCCGCACAUCCAAUGGCAUUCCCUUCCAAUUGCGCUAUUGCCCCUCACUCGCAAAGAAACCCUUACCGAAGCUCGACCAGAACAUGCCGAAGCAAAAGGUCGACCCUUUUGAAAACCCGCCCGAAUCACUCCACCUCAUUGACAUCCCGACCGCGAACCCCACACACUUUCUGGUGCUGAACAAGUUCCCUAUAAUAGCGCAGCACUUUAUUCUCGCUACAAAGUCGAACAAGCAACAGACACACGUGCUGGAGCAGGACGAUCUAGAGGCAACGUACGCGUGCUUGAAGGCAUGGCAAGACGGUGGCGGCGGUGGUGCAGACAACCAGCAGAAACGCCUUCUCGCCUUCUUCAAUUCUGGCGAGCACAGCGGCGCAUCCCAGCCACACCGACACCUGCAAUUCCUGCCGGUCGAAGGCAUGCGCGAGAGCGAAAAAACGAGCAACUGGGACAUGCUUAUCGACGUCAUCUUGUCGCGCCGGGAACCCAGUCCACCGGACACCCCAGCUGGGUUACUACAACACCCGGAUCUCCCCUUUACACACUUUGCGCAACCCUUUGAAUCUGAGCCCUCAGGCCCGCAGCUACUCGAAAUAUACAACCGCCUGUACAAAGUUGCACGAGCAUCUAUAGACGCCUUCAUCUCUUCCCACCCCGGCCAAUUCGCCCUGCAUCCAGUAGAUACCGGCGAUCUCCCCAUCAGCUACAACCUCGCCAUGACCACCGCAGGCAUGGUGAUCCUGCCCCGCCGCGCAGAGGGCACCAUGCUGCGCCGCGACAACGGCACGGAAAUCGGCUUCGUGGCGCUCAACGGGACGACCCUCGGCGGCACCAUGAUGGUCAAGCAUCAGGACGAGUGGGACACGCUGCGUAAUACCCCGGGUCUCCUCGAUACAAUUCUCGCCGGCAUCGGCAUUCCUAGGGCUUCUGCUGAUAAAGUGGGCUCUCCUAAUAUCUGAACUGCUGCACGAUUCUAUAUUUUACUAAACAAGAAGCGAAGAAAGAAAAAAUGCAUUAGCUAAAUCAAUGCGACGAGGACAACGGUGGGUUGCUUUUCACGUAGUUUCUCUUUUUCCAGUCUCCAGUCGUGAUACACCAAGCUUGCAUCAUGAGCAUAUUGUUUCUUUUUCUUUUUCUGAAGUAAACUAAUCUGGAGAAAUGCCUCACCAAAGCGAAUGCGUAGAAGUUAAAAGAAGCCUCAAACAUCAGUUGACCAAUCCCACAACCACACACCACCAUGCCAUGCUCAGAUGACCAAAAGAAAAACAAGAAAAGGAAAAUGCUCACUUCAUCAUAUGUCGACAUCAAUUCAGAAACAGACCAAAGUCAAUUGUAAACAGUAUUUGAAAAAAAAGAAGAAGAAGAAGAAGAAG